AUGAAUCCUUUGAAGUACUUAGUGGAAAAACCUGUGCAAGAUGGGAAGACAGCUAAAUGGGUGUUGCUUCUAUUAGAAUUUAACAUUAAAUAUGUGACUCGGAAAUCUGUGAUGGGUAGAGUAAUUGCUGACCAUUUAGCCCACUGUUCACCAAAAGAAGCUGAAGAAAUCCAAGGAGACUUUCCAGAUGAAGAUAUCAUAAGGAUUGAAGUAGAAUCAUGGAAGAUGUACUUCGAUGGAGCAAUAAAUCAAAAUGAAAGUGGAAUUAGAGUUCUCUUAAUCUCUCCAAAAGGGACACACAUCCCAUUCUCUAGCAGACUCAACUUUCCUGCCACCAAUAAUGCCACUGAAUAUGAAGCUUGCAUCAUAGGGUUACAAGCAGCCCUAGGCCUAGGGGUGAAAGAGUUGAAGGUGUAUGGAGACUCAGCCUUGAUAAUCUCCCAGAUUCAGAAUAAAUGGAAGAUCAAAGAAGAAAGGCCGAUACCUUAUCAUGAAUGUCUUUAG